AUGGCCAUAGCAGCGACUAUUCCUCCUCCGUCUGCGGACUGGAAAGGAGACAGUGAAGCCAACCCUCACUUCAAGUCUCUAGGAAAACUUUCAUCUCCAAUCAAUCGAAAAAUCGAGCCUUACGGUGCACAAUUUCUGGCCUAUGCACGCCGCAAGCGCCAUGGUCGCACUUUCUCUGAAGAUGACCGUAUUCAGGCUCUCUCCAAGGUCAAGAAGUCAGAGGAUGACGACGAUGGGGAGAUCAGUGAGCCUGAAGAUCCUAUGAUGCUGGCUCGAGAUGCCAAAGACUGGAAGGGACAAGAUCACUAUGCCGUGCUUGGUCUAUCGAAAUACCGAUACAAAGCCACCGACGAACAGAUCAAGAAGGCCCACCGCAAGAAGGUCCUGAAGCAUCACCCUGACAAGAAAGCAGCCGCCGGCCAUGCCGACGAGAACGACUCUUUCUUCAAGUGCAUCCAGCGCGCCCACGAGAUUCUCACCGACCCCGUGAAACGCAGACAGUUCGACUCGGUGGAUGAAGAAGCCGACGUUGCACCCCCGACAAAGAAGGACAUCACAAAGCCCAGCGCUUUCUACAAGAAGUGGAAUGCAGUCUUCCAGAGCGAAGCACGCUUCAGCAAGAAAACCCCUGUCCCAGUCAUCGGCGACGACAACAGCACAAAAGAAGACGUCGAAGAGUUCUACGACUUCUGGUAUAACUUCGACUCGUGGCGCACAUUCGAGUACCUCGAUGAAGACGUCCCCGACGACAACGAGGGUCGCGACCACAAACGACAUAUCGAGAAGAAGAACGCCAACGCUCGUCGAAAGCGCAAGUCCGAGGACAUCGCGCGCCUGCGCAAACUCGUCGACGACUGUCUCGGCAUGGACGACCGGAUCAAGAAGUUCCGACAGGCGGCGAACGCAAAUAAGAAUAAGAAGCGGCUGGAGAAGGAAGCCGCCGCGAAGCGCGAGGCCGAGGAGAAAGCCAAGGCUGCCGAGGAGGCAGAACGCAAGAAGAAGGAGGACGAGGAGCGCUCCAAGGCCGAGAAGGAGCAAGGUAAGAAGGCCAAGGAGGCCGCAAAGAAUGCUGUGAAGAAGAACAAGCGUGUCGUCAAGGGCAGUGUCAAGGACGUCAAUUACUUUGCGGACGGUGCUGAAGCCAGCCCCAAGCAGAUCGACGAGGUUCUGGACGAUGUCGACAAGGUCUUGGGUAACAUCGAUGCCGACGAGUUAGCGGAUAUGGUCGCGAAGUUGAACGUCGCGGGCAAGGACGCUUCCAAAGUCAAGCAGACUUUCAGCGCCAGUGCUGGUGCUUUGGUUGGUGCCGGCAAGUUGAAGGAGGCAGACCUAAAGGUCUUCAAGUGA